AAUGUCGUCUGCUAAUCAUUCAAAGGCAAGGAGACUUGUCGGUUUAGAUGUUCCAGAGAAUAAAAUUCGCAAUAUCGGCAUAAUGGCACAUAUAGAUGCUGGAAAAACAACAACUACUGAACGAAUGCUUUAUUAUUCAGGAUUUACAAAUCAUCUUGGAGACGUUGAUGAUGGUGAUACAAUAACAGACUACAUGGAACAGGAGAGAGAAAGAGGAAUAACAAUUACAUCAGCUGCUGUUACUUUUCCCUGGAAAGGCUAUCAUGUAAAUUUAAUUGACACACCUGGUCACGUUGAUUUUACACUUGAAGUAGAACGCUGCCUAAGGAUUCUGGACGGAGCCAUUGCAGUAAUUGAUGGUUCUGCUGGUGUUGAAGCUCAAACAGUUACUGUAUGGCAUCAAGCGGAUCGUUAUAAGAUUCCUAGGAUAAUAUACAUAAAUAAAAUGGAUAAGACUCAAGCAGAUUUUAAUCUUUCAAUAGAAUCCAUCAAAAGUAAAUUAUCAGUUCUACCAUUAAUUCUACAAAAUCCUAUUGGUAACGGUAGAAGCUUUAGGGGAGUUGUUGAUUUAUUAAAUAUGAAAAAAUUAUUAUGGUCCAAUUCUGUUGAUGGUAAAACUUACAAAAUUGAUAAUCUACAACCGACUGAUGAUUUGUAUACGGAGAGUUUAACGAUGAGAAAUUUUCUGAUUGAACAAUUAGCUGAUUUGGAUGAUCAUAUUGCAAAUUUGAUCCUAAUGGAUACGAAAUAUGAAGAUAUAUCGGCAAACGAUUUGACUAAAGCCAUUAGGAAAGUAACAAUAAAUUCUAAAGCAGUACCAAUUCUCUGUGGAAGUUCAUUCAAAAAUAAAGGUGUUCAGCCUCUUUUAGAUAGUGUUGUUCAUUAUCUUCCAAACCCUUCUCAAAUAGAUCAUCCUUUCACUAAGUUUUAUCAGAAUUCAUUGUGUGGAUUAGCUUUUAAGAUAAUUAAUGAUAAGCAAAGAGGACCUUUAACAUUUGUGAGAAUUUUUAGCGGAAAAAUUGAAAAUGGUCAAUCUGUAUUUAACAUUAAUAAGGAAUGCAGUGAGAAAGUUACCAAACUACUUCAAAUAUCGGCAGAUUCUGUUACUGAUUUGUCUCAUGCAUCUAGCGGUCAUAUUGUUGCUAUUUCCGGACUUAAAGAAACGAUAACUGGUGAUACUUUAGUAAAAAAUUUAACAACUGUAACAAGAGCGAAGAAAUCACUUGACAAGGAUGAGGAGACUGUUGAUGAAAUACUAGCAUCAAUGAAUGUUCCAGAGCCGGUUUUCUUCUGUUCCAUAGAGCCUCCCUCUCAAGCCUAUAUGAAGCAGUUGGAUUACGCUUUAGCUUGCUUAACUAAAGAAGAUCCUUCAUUAAGAGUGACCACAGACAACGAAACGGGACAAACUAUUCUCUCCGGUAUGGGAGAAUUACAUUUGGAGAUAAUUAAAGAUAGAAUAUUAAAAGAAUAUGGAGUUGAUGCUGACCUAGGCGACUUACAAGUUUCCUAUAGGGAAAGCAUUAAACAAAGUAUUGAAGAAGAAUUUAUACUUGAUCAAACAAUUGGUAAUAAAAAACAUCAAGCAACAAUUCACUUAUCAAUUCAUUCUCUGUUGGAUGGUCAUAAUACAAGCGGUAUGAAAUUUAAAGGUUUUAUACCAAAACCAACGAAGGAAGCGGAACUAUAUAAACUCAAACGACCAGAAAUAAAUGCUAUCAAUAACGGAAUAAGGUCGGCUUUAUCAAAAGGAACCAUUCUUGGUUUUCCCGUAAUCGAUGUAGAGGUACAUUUGCAUAAUGUGUCAAAAAGCUAUUCAACAAGCCUUCCAAUGUUGACAACCGUUACUGCAAUGUGCGUCGAAAGAGCUUUAAGAAAGGGGGAAAGUAUCUUAUUGGAACCAACAAUGUUGUUAGACAUUAAUUCUAAUUCUACGUAUUCCGAUCGAGUUCUUAGUGACCUUGGCCAGAGACGUUCUCAAAUAUUAAAUGUUGACGCUAGGGACGAUUUAAGAAUGAUAAGAGCUAUUACCCCACUUUCAGAACUUUUAGGUUAUUCUACAGCAAUUCGAACAAUGACAUCCGGGACUACUAGUUUUACAAUGCAUAUGCAUGACUAUCAAGUCAUGUCCGAAAUGGACAAACAAACUGCUGUUUCAAAACUAAAGUAUUGA